AUGUCUGCCACCGACGCUACCGCUAAGACCUUCUUCUCCUCCCCCAAGUUCGCCGUAGUCGGCGCCAGCACCAACACCGAGAAGUUCGGCUACAAGGUCUUCAAAUGGUACGCAGACCGCGACCUCCCCGCCACUCCCAUCAACCCUCAAGGCGCCGCCUUGACCGUCAACGGGCAAUCCUACCCCGCCAUCAAGUCCCUCUCGGCGCUUGAAUCCCCCAAGGAGACUUCGGUUUCCAUCAUCACCGGUCCCGCCAUCACCCUCAAGACUCUCCAGGAGGCCAAGGAGUUGGGAGUCCCUGCUGUCUGGCUUCAGCCCGGUACUUAUAAUGAUGAGGUUUUGGCGUAUGCGAACGAGAACUUCGGCACGGUGGUUGUGGGUAAGGGAGGAUGGGGAGGCGAGGGGUGGUGUGUGCUUGUUGAUGGGGAGAGGAGUUUGGGCGCUGCUAGGCUUUAG